GCGCUAGAUUCUGACGAUGAGGAAAUUGAGAGCAGUGAAGAUGAGAAAGAUGACGAUACCGACGGUGAUGGCGUCAGUGAAGAAGAUGAAGAGGCUGAAAAAAAUGGAGGCGUCGCAGCCCUUCGAGCUCCCUCCAUCAACAUUAAAUCGCUCAGUAAGCGUCUUUGUGAAAGUGAAGAGAGGUUUACCAAAUUUAGAGAUGCUACUUUAACAAAAUGGGACGAACGUACUAAGUUGAUCUCAUCUCGUCGUGUAAAGAACGCUAGCAGCGACUUCUCAGCUUUUGAAAAGGAAAACAUCGUAACCCAAAUCGAAAAGAUGUGUUCCGACAAGUCUCGCAUAUUAAAGAGGUCGAGAACCAAAAAAUCGGAUAUUGAGCGUAUUGGUGGAAAUGUGGAGGCUGAAGAAGAUGAAGAAAUUUACGACGAUGACGAUUUUUAUCAAGUUCUUUUAAAAGAAUUGAUAGACAAGAAAACGAGCAAUACACAUGAUCCCGUCGCAAUGACUAGAUACUUGCCAAUACCCAAGUUGGUUAACUUUCACCCAGCCAUGCCAGAAAUGGUGGAAUGGAGUCAUGAAUCACGGAAUGAAUUGUUCAAAUCUUUGUUCUCAUGA